AUGAUUCAGACGUCCAUGGCUUACGAGACUCUGCCGCAGGCUGGUGAAUUCGCGGCGAUGCAGCACGCGCAGGGCUACGGCCCCCAAAAGCGCGUGGUGUACUUGCAGCAGGCCCAGGUCCCCCAGCAGCAGGUGUUGGGUGCGCCUGCCGGUAUGCGCCUCGUGCAGCAGCAGCAGCCGCAGCUGAUUUCUGGCGGACCAGGUCAGCAACAGCAGGUCUGGCUGCAGGCCGCACCGCAGCAGCAGCUGCAGCAGCAGCAGUUGCCGCAGCAGCAGCACCAGCUGCAGCAGCAGCAGCACCAGCUGCAGCAGCAGCAGCCGCAGCAUGCGCCUCAGAUGGUACAGGUUGCUGGCAUGCGCCCGCAGAUGCAGUAUGUGAUGGCGCAGCCUCCACAGCAGCAGCAGGUGCCUGUGCAGCAACAGCAGCAGAUCGUGUAUUUGCAGCAGGCGCAACAGCAGCAGCCGGCGCCGGUGCAGCAGCAGGUGCAGUACAAGCCUGUGCAGCAGGCCGUGCAGCAGGCUGCUGCGGCGCCAGGCCAGGCGGCCCCAGGAUCAACCGUCCUCGUCAACAUCAACGGCACGCUGCGCCCCGCGCUCGUCGGUCAGAAUGGUACGCUGCUGCUCCUCGACGGCGCCAAGCCCGGGAUGGCCCCCGCGCCCCUGCAGCAGGCCCCGCAGCCCGUCGUGCAGUAUGUAGCCGUGCAGCAGGCCGCGCAGCAGCAGGCGCCCGCGCAGCGCGUGCAGCUCGUGGUAUCGCAAGCAGGCGGGCAGCCUGGUGGCGGCGUCGGUGGUGGCGGCGUGUAUGUGCAGGCCCAGGGCGGCGGCACCCCACAAUACGUAGCGGUACAGCAGAACGGCCAGGUGCAGCUGAUGCGCCAGGCAUCUGUUCCCAACAGCACCACGGUGCCUAUGACUCCACAGAUGCGCAACGGCGCGCCGGUGCAGGUGGCGCCCAUCCAGUACGCCGUUCCUGUGCUGCAGCAGCAGCAGCAGCAGCAGCAACAGCUCCUGCAGCAGCAGCAGCAGCAGCUGCAGCAACAGCAGCAGCAGCAGCAGCAGCAGCAGCAGCAGCAGCAGCAGCAGCGCGUACCCGUGUUGCUCGGCACCAAUGGGGCUGGGCUGCAGCAGCUGCCCCCUGUGGCACUGCAGCAGCGCCCGACUGUCCAGGUGAUUCAGCCCCACCUGGUGGCCGCCAGCAAGCCUAUGAUGAUGGCACCCCCCUCUGGCAAUGCUGGCAUUAUGCCCCAACAGCUCCAGCAGCUGCAGCAGCAGCAGCAGCUGCAGCAACAGCUGCAGCAGCAGCACCAGCAGCUCCUGCUCCAGCAGCACAGCGCGCAGCUGGCUGGAGGCGCCGCGCCCGUCAGCGCCGCCACCGUGUCACUUGGCGGCGGGGCGCGGGGCGCUGGCUCAAUGCCUGGCAGCCCCGCCAUGCCCCAGGUGCAGGCGGCCACCAUGGCCGGGCCGCUGCAGCCGCAGGGCGGCAUGACAGGUGUAUCGUCGGGCCUAGACAUUGCCGCGCUGCAGGCGCAGGCCAUCGCCGCGCACGCGCACGCACAGCAGGCCGCGCAGGCGCGCGCGCAGGCGCAGGCCAACGCGGCCGCCGCCGCGGCGGCGGCCGCGGGCGUGGGCAUCAUCGGCGACGCGCGGCGCUCGCGCUCAGGCUCGGCCGCCGCCACCCCCGCCGGCAGCCUCUCGGGGUCCCAGCCGGGCUCCCCACCCGCGCGCGCUGCGACGCCCGUCGCUGCGUCCCCCCCCGCCGCCGCGGCGCCGCUCCUGCCCGGCCUCGCCGGCCUGCUGGGCGCCGGCGGCGACCUGGGCGCGCUCGGCGGCAAGGACGCGGUGAUGCGCCUCAUCGCGUCCAGCGCGAUCGAGGCCCGCAUGAGCCCCGAUCAGGCCGUGAUGGCUGGCAUGUGCAGCCCGGCUGACAAGGACGCCCUCGCCGCCGCGUUUGCGGCGGAGGCCGCGCGCCUCGGCGGCGCGCUCGCGCCCACCGCCGCGCCCGCGGCCGCGGCGCCCAUGUCUGCCGACGCGCCCCUGGACGGCUUCGCGUUUGGCGGCAAGCCCCAGGCUGCGCCGCUGUCCCAGCUCGGCGCGCUGCGCGCGGCGCCCCCGGCGCGCGGCGGCAGCGGCAGCGGCAUGCUGAACGCGUUCGGCUUCUCCCUAUUCGGCACCCCCUCCGACGGCCUGGGCCUGCCGGGCCUAGCGGUCGGCCCCAAGGCCAUCUCGGACGACGGCUCGCGGGGCGCCGCAGACCAGCUGGCCGCCCCAGGCGCGGGUGCGCCCAAAAUGGCGCCCGCCGCGGGCGGCAUUGGCGGGAAUGCUUCGGAGGCCUCUCUGGCUGCCAUGGUCUCAGGCCUCAACCUCAAUCUGGCGGACCUGUCUGCCGGAGCCGCCGUGGCGGUUGCGCCUCAACAGGCGUCUGCUUGA